GAUUUGCUGGAGAACUGAGCUGAUACUUCCCAGGAAUCUCCAUAUAAUUAAGAGUAUCAAAGCUUUACUGUCUAGUUUGGGGAUUCAGGCCUUGUAGGGAUUAGGAUUUGAAAAGAGGAGUUGGCUCAUGUGGAUAGGAUAAGUCAUUUGCCUGAAGCUCUACUCUAGAGAUUAUUGUCAAAACUGCCUACUACUAAAGAUACUUUGGCCACAAUGGUUUUGUCAAAACGAUGGGAGCGUCUUUGGAAAUCAGUGCCAAAACUUGUAUACCAUGAUAGCUAUCAGAAUAUUGAUAUUGUAAAGUUUUCCCUCUUUAUAGAAAGGUCUUUGGUUCUGCAUGAGGCACGAGUGGAAACUUUGCAUUUCAAACUUACUCAAAUGUCUCUAGAUGUCUCUCGCUGUUGAUAUCGGAGUAUGGAUUACCAUUGCUCUUAAGUGCCGCUAUGUGCGUGACCUGAGUAUCAAGAUCGACUGUUCUUCCAGUACAGUUCCAGUCAUACUUCAAAGGAGUUUAUAUACAAAAAGCUCUAGAAUGCUUGUUUCCUUGAAACUAAAGAGUGUAACUCUUAUGGAUGGUUCCUCUACCUCGCCUUCUUUCCUGGCCCUUAAAACUUCUGCCACCCAGGAUGCAUAUUUUGUUGGUACUGUCUUCCACCGUCUUGUACACUUGAGAAUGUGCACAUGUGAGACAGUAGUUGAAUCUACUUAUGUGUUUGCUAAACGAUUCACCUAA